AUGACCCCUACUCGUGGAACCGUACCCCGCCUCACCCCCGAGGGCAAGGCACGCCUCGACGAGCUCGUCAAGCGGCAAGUGGCCGAAAGCGGCCUGCCUGCGCUCUUCUUCGGCGCCACUACGGCUGAUGGCGAGAUCUACUUCAACUGCGGCGGCGACAAGGUGGUCAACAAGCCUGAGCUUGGCCAGGUGGACGAGGACACGACUGUCCAGCUCUGGUCGAUGACCAAGAUGAUCACGGCCAUUGCGUGCAUCCAACUCCACGAGAAGGGCCUGCUCACCUACGACGACCCAGAGGUCAUCAACAAGCAUGCGCCCGAGCUGGCGGCGAUGCCCAUUCUCACCGGCUUUGACGACAAGGACCAGCCGACCACUACCCCACGAACCAAGCCCUUGACCCUGCGUCACCUCCUCACGCACACGUCUGGGCUCGCUUAUGCACUCUUCAACCCCACGGUCGCCAAGUGGGAACAAGUCACCGGUGCCGGGUCGUGGCUCGCGCCUGGCGCCCCCGUCUCGACGAUUGUGCAGCCCCUCCUCUUCGAGCCCGGAUCCAAGUUCUGCUAUGGUCUCGGCCUCGACUGGGCUGGCGUCAUUGUGAUGCGCAUCUCUGGCCAGACGUUGGAGGAGUAUUUCCACGAACACAUCUUUGCGCCCUGUGGCCUGACGGACGACGACAUCUCGUUCCUCCCCAACGAGAGCAUCCGUUCGCGCCUCAUGCAGCUCUGCGCCCCCACGCCGGCCGGUAACAUUGCCAUUGACGGACUCCGCCCCGUGCCCGAGCUCAAGCCCGAGGACAUUGGCCUGCAGCUCGGCGGCGGCGGUCUCCUCGGCACGCCGCGCGGAUACAUGCGCGUGCUCUCGGGUCUCCUCAAGUGUCGCGACCAGGACGGCGGCAUUGUCUCGCAGGAAGGCUUCCGCAGCCUGUUCGACAACUGCCUCCCGCCCCACAGCGACACCGAGGCGUACAAGGACCUGGGCCAGUUCCUUGCGUUUGCAGGCGUCACCGAGCCGCAGUACAUGAGCGGCGACAAGGUCGGCUGGUCGCUCGGCCUGUGCCUCUACACUGCCGACUCGAAGUAUGGCCGUAAGGCUGGCACCGGCUUCUGGAGCGGUGUGGCGUCCACUCGUCACUGGAUUGACCCUAGCAUGGGAAUUGCGGCGUGGUGCGGCACACAGCUGCUGGGCGACUUUGCGCCGCUCGAGCGGCUCACGGAGGCGUUCGAGGAGGUCCUUUAUGGGGCUCUGGAGACGGGGCCUAACUGA